AUGCCACCAAAACGAUCCCGAGCAAAUAACUUUUCAGAAGAAGCCAGUCGUACAUUAAAAACAGCUUCUAACAAAGCUGAUUAUGUUGGGCAAAGUAUUAGACGAGAAACGAAGAAAACCGGUGAUAAAAUUGAAUACACAGCAAAACAAGCUAAAAACGCGGUCGCUGACGCGGCCAGUACGACAAAGAAGAAAGUCAACCGAGGUGCUGAAAGCAUUCGGGCUGAUAUUGGUAGAAAAACCGGAAAGGCGAAAGCAGCAGCCAAAGAUGUUACUAAGAAAGCAAAAAAUGUGACUGAUAGAGCUAAAAGUGCAGCAAGGUCAACAAGAAAAGCUACGGAUAAUGCAUAUAAAGGAACGAAAAGAGCUGCGAGAAAAGCUGCAGAUAGUAUGAAAAAUACGGCGAAUAGUCUGACAUCUAAAACAAAUGAAUUCGCGCAAAAAGCCGCCAAGCCAGCUGGUCAAGCAGCAGAAAAUGCAUCGCACGGACUAUCGGAUAUCAAAAAAUCGAUCGAAGGACUUUGCAAAUAA